GUGUACCGGCCCAGGCCCAUCAUCUCCUAUCGCCCUCGCCGACGAUGGCGCACAGCCUUACCGGCGGCGCCACCCCCUUCUGCUGCUACCGUCACCCGCCCUGCUGCGCCGCCGGGCGAGCUACCCUGACCGCUCCCCCUUCCACCCGCUGCCGUGUGGCCGCCUCGGCCUCCCCUCCGCCGCCCCCGCCGGCCAUCGAGGGCCGCGGGGUGGGAUUUUCGGUGACGACGAGGCGGGGCCUGGUGCUGCCGGUGCUCAAGGACUGCUCGCUGUGCGUUCCGUCGGGGCAGCUCUGGAUGCUCCUCGGCCCCAACGGCUGCGGCAAGUCCACCCUCCUCAAGGUUUUGGCAGGAUUUCAAAAUCCCUCUGCUGGUACAGUGCAUAUUAAUAGGCCAUUCAGCUAUGUCUUCCAAAAUCCUGAUCACCAGGUUGUGAUGCCCACGGUGGAAUCCGAUGUUGCAUUUGGACUUGGUAAGCUCAAUCUUUCAUUGGAUGAGGUUAGAUCAAGAGUGUCACAAUCUCUGGAUGCAGUUGGAAUGUUGAGCUACUCUCAAAGGCCAAUCCAAACCCUGAGUGGUGGGCAGAAACAGAGAGUUGCCAUUGCUGGUGCUUUAGCUGAAGCAUCCAAAGUACUACUGCUGGAUGAGCUGACCACAUUCCUGGACGAAUAUGAUCAGAUGGGCGUGGUCAAGGCGGUGAGGAACUCUGUAACUGCUAGUGGGGAGGUCGCGGCCCUGUGGGUGACCCAUCGGCUGGAAGAACUCAGAUACGCAGAUGGUGCUAUUUACAUGGAAGAUGGCCGGACGAUUAUUCAAGGCGACGUCUCCAGUAUAUCCAGGUUCAUAAAAAGGAAGCAAGCACGCUACUUCGGUCAUUUUGAGCUCUGAUGCUCGGGAGUCCCAGGCUGCGGGCAGAAUUAUCUGCGCUCGUGUACAUCACCACAUCAGGGUACUAAAAACAGCGUUCUUCUCUACGGCUGUUUGCAUGUAGGCAACUGGGAAUUUAGGGGUUCUGUCGCUUCUCACCUGUAUCGCCGCUCAAACAUUUGUUUGGCGAAGUUAGCGGCAAUCGAGUUUUGGUUCAUACAUUGUCCUUGUUCAUUUCUUUUAAUGUUGAGUGUGUGUUCAUCCAA